UUCAUAGCGGGAACAUGGCGGGAAUACCGGAAUCCCAUGGGCCAGCGUAAACCUCGGCGCCACGGGUCCACGACUUGCAGUGUAACUUGUCACUUAAAGAGUUUCGUGCUACUAGUGAUAUCAAUCUGUGAACGGCAAUUUUGUAGAAUUACUUGUAGUUCCAGACGCCGCAGACCCUGUGUCAGGUUUAGCCGGAUGUAUGUUAGCAAUUCGCUGCCCGGAACGUAACAUUCUCUGUUCACCUGUCUGCUCGUAAGUCGCCGGCAGAUUUGUGCAUAUCCUGCUGAAACGAUGUCCAUCAGCAACGAAACACCUAAAAACGGCAAAAAAUCAGGCACGCCAGAAAGGCGGGUCGUCGCCGGGAAAUCGGGUGAGCCAGAUGACGAUACCGCACCACCUGUCCGCUCCACAUUAUUCAACGAUGUUCGUGUGAAUCCAGAGCCCCUGGUCAUGAGAAAAAUCACGCGAGAAGGCCUUAAUCUAGACUACAUAAUACUCUUCGGAAAAACUACGGCAGACUACGUUUUUCGAAGGCUGGAGUCCGAAGUCGAAUACUUUACGGGAGACCUGCUCAAGAUCAGAGUCUAUGGCAAGUGGCGAACGAUACCCCGAAAACAAGUAUCCUACGGUGAUAAAGGGAUGUCCUACGCGUUUUCUGGCACCCGGCUGCCUGCCAAACCAUGGACUCCUCUUCUUCAGCAUUUGAGGGAUCUUGUUGCCAAUCAAACUGGCCACCGUUACAAUUUCGUUCUCGUCAACAGAUACAAGGAUGGCUCUGACCACAUUGGUGAGCAUAGAGAUGAUGAGAAAGACCUUGACCACACUGUACCUAUUGCAUCAUUGUCGUUUGGGCAACCUCGGGACUUUGUACUGAAGCAUGGAGAUGCAAGGCGCAAGGUGCGCCAUGUGGAUCCUGUGAAGAUAUGCCUGGAACACGGAAGCCUGUUGCUCAUGAACCCACCUACAAAUCGGUACUGGUAUCAUUCGCUCCCACCUCGUAAGGCAGCGGUUGGACCUCGUGUGAACCUUACAUUUCGUCGACUGCAUACAACGAGCAGUUAGCAAGCAUGGACAGAAAAUGAGCUGGCUGAUAUUGCAACUUCACUCUGACAGAGUUCCUAUCAUUCCGGAAUUGGCGCCAACACUACUCUAAAUAAGGUGGUGCAGAAGAGGUGCACAGGAAUCGCCAUAGCCUUGGCUACUGAACAAAUGCUGCACUUUUCAGUAAAUAUUUAUGCAACAGUAGGUAGAGCAUUUCUAGAAGUUGUCACAGAGAUAAGAGCAUAAAUUUAUUCUGAACUGAAA